AUGGUGCCAUUCAAGCAGUCGUUCCUCCAUCUGGGAGGCGAUUCCAUCUCUGCAAUACAGUUGAUGGCCGUCUGUCGGUCUUCCAACCUGGGUAUCUCAGUUGGCCAAAUCAUGCAGAGCAAGUCAAUCAUCGAACUUGCAUCUCAUGUCGUCACCACCGUCGAAGACGUUGUGCAUGACCAGGAGCUGGAGAAUGAGUCUUUUGACUUGACACCCAUUCAGAAAGUGUACUUUGAGUGUAUGGGUGCUGGGUCUACUCAUUUCAACCAGAGCAUGCUUGUGAGAACCGGACGAGCAAUCACUUCCCGAGAGCUGUCGACGGCUUUGGACACCAUCGUCAAGACACACAGCAUGCUUCGUGCUCGCUUCUUACAAGUCAAUGGCAGCUGGUCUCGACGCAUAAUUGACAACGUCGCUGGCUCGUACACCCUUCGAUCACAUACGAACGUUGACCAAGAUCGCCUCUCUUCAUUGAUCAAAAAGAGCCAGAAAUGUCUGAACAUUGUCGAGAGUCCUCUCUUCACCGACAACAUUUUUGAGAUGGAGGGAGCCAACAACCAAGCGGUUUCAUUUAUCUCUUAUCACCUCGUUGUCGACGUGGUUUCGUGGAAUAUUAUUCUUCAAGAUCUAGAGGGAGUCUUAUCACCAGCCUCCUACAACCCUAUCAAACCACUUUCAUUCCAGACUUGGAGCCAUCUACAACGCGAGCAAGCUCAGGGAACGACACUUCAGAAUGUGUUCCAUGAUGUUCCGAUGCCUCAACAAGAUCUCUCUCACUGGGGAAUACAAGGCAUGCCGAACCUUCAACGCGACUUAACCACCGAAACUAUGGAGGUUGCCGUCGAUGACUCGCUUCUACUAUUGGGUCCUUGCCACGAGGCCCUCUAA